GUAAACUGCGACGUCAAUUUCUGUCGAAUCUCUGGCUUGAGAGAAGAUGUCGAUUAUGUGUUCAAAGUUGCAAUUCGGAAUGAGUUUGGCGUUGGAACGUUCUCAGAGCAAACCAAACCGAUCAGAAUUACAGCCAACACUCCGCCUGUUGUAAUCAAAGCUUUGCACGAUAUCGUCAUAGCCAAGAAACAGACCCUCUGUCUUGAAUGUCAUUCCAGUGGGCAACCUGCUCCCGAGUUCACUUGGUAUAAAGACGGUGUUGAGAUAAUCCCUAAAAACAGAAACGUUGAGAUUGUAAGCGAGGGUCAUAUCAGUCGUCUUCUGGUUCACGAUGUUACUAGUAAUGAUUGUGGAUCGUACUCAUGUGAAAUCGGAAAUUCAUACGGAACAACCAGGUCCACAGCCUCGGUUACUGUAACUGAUGUGCAAUGCCACUUCGAGACUUCCUUCUCAGAGUACAGAGAAGUUAUCGAAGGUGAAGAUCACGAACUUUGCUGCACUCUCUCAGAUGAGGAUGGCGUGGUUGUCUGGUACAAGGAUGGUAAAGAGCUGACCAUGAACGACCACCUCCUUAUCACAAGUGAGGGUAAAACACGGAAGUUGAAAAUACUGUCGGCUGGAGACGCUGAUAGUGGGACGUAUCGCUGCGAAACUUCCGAUGGUAGAAGCAAAACCGAAGGAGGACUGGUAGUAAAAGGCCAGGAACCACGAAUCAGCGUUGGUCCACAAGACCUCACAGUCGACGAAUUUGGAACCGUUGCAAGACUAAAUUGCGAGAUCACAAAACCAGGCCACAAAGUGUUGUGGUUCAAGAAUGGGCAAGAAAUUUGGCCACAAACCGACAAAUACGUUAUAGCCACUUCUGGGAAUACAUCUACUCUUGAAAUUCAUAACAUUGAGAAGGGUGAUAUUGGAGAUUAUUCGGCUGCUUUGAAUGAGCGAGAGGUUUCGGCACCGGCUCGCCUCACUCUUCUGGUGGCUCCUGAAAUAGUAAUUCGAGAAAAUUUGAAAGAUGAGGUGGAGCUGAAAGCUCACGAGGAGCUCGCUUUCCAUGUUGAGGCAAUUGGUUAUCCGAACCCCACUGUCACCAUCCUGCACAAGGACUCUCGGAUUCAAAGCAGAGCGUCAGUCGAAGAGUACGAUAACGUCACUAGCGUAAGAAUGAAGAACCUCAAUCGAGACGACUGCGGCGUUGUGAAGAUCACAGCAGAAAACUCGGUUGGAACUGUGCACAAGGAAAUUCGUUUGACUGUUCUUGAUGUGCCUUCUGAGCCACUAGACUUGAAUUCAUCAGAAACCACUAUGGACUCCACAGUGCUCUCAUGGAGUAGACCCGAAAAAACGAAUGGGGCUCUGAUCACCGGAUUUAUCAUAGAGCGAAAGGCUGUUGAUAGCAGUAGAUGGCGAUCAGUUGGCAAAACUGAUGGCCACACUUUCUGUUUCAAAGCAACAAACUUAUUCAGCGGUCAAAUCUACGGUUUCCGUGUCAUCGCUGUGAAUUCAGUGGGAGAAGGGUCACCAAGUCUGUCAAUCGAUGUUACUACGGUAGCAGACGCAGAACCAGAAGUUGACACCACUGAUAGCCUGCUUCCCAAAACUCCGGCUGCUCCCGAAGCAGUCCUUGAUGGAGGAAAAGCUGUGCUUUCAUGGGCUCCAGUACCGAACGCCGACCUGUAUCAUCUGGAGCGUCAGCGUGAUGAUGGUGAAUGGCUUGAAAUUGCUAAAAUAGAACAAACGGACUUUAUAGAUUUUCUGGUGUCCCAGGACGGUUCAUACCGCUACAGAGUGAUUGCCAAGAAUCCAAUGGGCUCGUCUAUUCCAAGUAACACCAGUGCUACUCUAAAGGUAAAGGCAAUUGAGGAAUCAAAGGAAAAUGGCAGGAAAGGGAAGGCCAAUGAUGAGUUGGAUCGAAGUGGAGAUGGGACGGCAGAUGGAAAACAAGACGAAUCAUCGAAGCCCAUGCCAAAAAUGUCGUUGAACCCCGUGGAUGAUAUUGUGAAUACGAAGCAGAGACUAAAGAAGCGUAAACCCAUAGACAAUGUGUCUAUUCAACAGAACGCUGAGCAGCUGCCUGCACAGUCGCUGUCACCACCUACCAAGCCAAUAGUCGAUUUUAAAUUUGGCGAAACAGAAGCAGACCAUUCCACUGGAGAGGCAGACUUCAGGACGCCUAAUGGAACAAAUAUUGUGGAUACUAGUUCUGCAGUACCGAUGCCAACAACUAGCAAACGAGUGAAACCUCGUAUUCAACUGGAGUCGAACAGCGUAGAUGUGAAAUCCGGUACACGUGCCAUCCUGAAAGCGAACGUGGAAGGAGGGCCAGAGCUGAACUGUGUUUGGAAGAAGGACGGGAAAAUCGUUAAGACUUCCAGAACUGUGAGCAGUUCCUACAGAAACGGUGUUGCUGAGCUUGAAAUCAAAGAUGUAAAAGCUUCUCAUAGCGGAACGUACUGCUUGAGCGUCAACAGCGCCAGCGGAACUGAUACGGCUGACAUCGCACUGACAGUCCAAAGAAUGCAAAAAAAAGCAUGA